GUAACUGUAAGUUGGUGUUGAGGACCCUAAGUCAAGCGGACCUUUACUCCAGGAGCCCAGUUACAGCUGCAGUCAGUCUUGUGCGUCUGAUCACUUGCUGUAGGCUGACUGACUUCAGGGGGAAGCGUCAGGAUGUCUAACAACAUGGCCAAGAUUGCAGAUGCUCGAAAGACAGUAGAGCAAUUGAAACUGGAGGUCAACAUAGAGAGGAUGAUGAUAUCCAAAGCAGCAGCUGAGCUGAUGGCCUACUGUGAAGCUCAUUCAAAAGAGGACCCCCUGGUGACACCUGUGCCUUCUUCUGAGAACCCAUUUCGGGAGAAGAAAUUAUUCUGUAUAAUACUUUAACCCCUACAUGCACAAGAUAAACAAACUGACACUUAAUUAUUUUAAUGUGUAAAUUCAAUGUCAAAGAACAAAACCAUUUCAUAAUAUUCAGUUUUGUAGGUCUUUGGUGACUAACAUUAUCUAAAGAAUGAUUAUCAUUGAGCAUGAUAAUUACAGCAAUAAAGAUUUAUUGAAAAUUGGUGCAAAGUUCAU